AUGUCCCUACGGCCAAGCCUCCUUUCAAAAUGGAUCUCGCGCCCUAGCGAGAUCCUCCAAAGAACCACCAAAAACAACAUAUACAUCGCAUCGACACGCACGUCUGCGCCACGCCACACCUCUAUCCUAUUCCAAGCAACACGGCGAACCCUCACCACUACUCCUGGCCAGACAAGCCGACUGACAGCGCGCCCUCGGCCUCGGGCAGGCCCCAGCACCUUCCAGCAGCCUAAGCAGCGGCUCAACCGGCGGUUCAAUUCCGGUUCAGCUGGAAAUGGAGGAUCGCAGGCCCAGCCGGAGAAGGAGUCGCUUUCGCAGCGGUUGAAGAAGCUCUCGAGGGAGUAUGGAUGGUCUGCGCUGGGUGUGUACCUUGCCUUGUCUGCGCUGGACUUCCCGUUCUGUUUUGCGGCGGUGCGCUUGUUGGGCGUUGAGCGCAUUGGAUAUUGGGAGCAUAUUGCUGUUGAAUUCCUGAAGGAUAGAUUCAAGGGUGUUUGGCCUCGGGUUCAGGCUGGUGAGGACGAGGGUGAUGGCCAGGGUCAGCUUGCUCAGGCUGAGGAGCGAAACCAGGAGGAAGCUAGUAUUUGGACUCAGCUUGCUCUUGCGUACGCUAUCCACAAGAGCUUUAUCUUCAUUCGGGUUCCUUUGACGGCUGCCGUGACGCCAAAGGUCGUCAAGACGCUCCGGGGUUGGGGAUGGAACAUUGGAAAGCGCAAGCCGAAGAGUAAAUGA